CUCUUCUAUUCCAGUGAUUGGUGCUUAGGGCCCCUCCGCUCCACCCCAGCCCGCCAUGGCGUCAGGCGCCGCAGCCCCGGGGAGGUGGUUCCCACUUUAAGAAGUGAAGUUUUUCGCCCCCUCCCCCUCCCUGCCCACCUCCCGCAGCCUCCGGCGCCCCGCGGGGCUGGCGGAUGGAGCUACGCAGCAGCGGCGUAGGGAGCCCGGCUGUGGGGCGGAGGAUGGAUGGGGACAGCCGAGAUGGCGGCGGCGGCGGCGGCAAGGACGCCGGGUCGGAGGACUAUGAGAACCUGCCGACCAGCGCCUCCGUAUCCACCCACAUGACAGCGGGAGCGAUGGCCGGGAUCCUGGAGCACUCGGUCAUGUACCCCGUGGACUCAGUGAAGACGCGAAUGCAGAGUUUGAAUCCGGAUCCCAAAGCGCAGUACACGAGUAUCUACGGAGCCCUCAGGAAAAUCAUGCGGACUGAAGGCUUCUGGAGGCCCUUGCGGGGCCUCAACGUGAUGGUGAUGGGUGCGGGGCCGGCCCACGCCAUGUAUUUUGCCUGCUAUGAAAACAUGAAAAGGACUUUAAAUGACGUUUUCAACCACCAAGGAAACAGCCACCUAGCCAACGGGAUAGCUGGGAGUAUGGCCACCCUGCUCCACGAUGCUGUAAUGAAUCCAGCAGAAGUUGUGAAGCAGCGCAUGCAGAUGUACAACUCACAGCACCGGUCAGCCCUCAGCUGCGUCCGGACGGUGUGGAGGACCGAGGGGUUGGGGGCCUUCUACCGGAGUUACACCACGCAGCUGACCAUGAACAUUCCCUUCCAGUCUAUCCAUUUCAUCACCUACGAGUUCCUGCAGGAGCAGGUCAACCCUCACCGGGGCUACAACCCGCAGUCCCACAUCAUCUCAGGUGGGCUGGCCGGGGCCCUGGCUGCGGCCGCCACCACCCCACUGGACGUCUGUAAAACCCUCCUCAACACCCAGGAGAACAUGGCACUCUCCUUGGCCAACGUCAGCGGCCGGCUAUCAGGCAUGGCUAAUGCCUUCCGGACGGUGUACCAGCUCAACGGCCUGGCUGGCUACUUCAAGGGCAUCCAGGCCCGUGUCAUCUACCAGAUGCCCUCCACAGCCAUCUCCUGGUCCGUCUAUGAGUUCUUCAAGUACAUCCUCACGAAGCACCAGCUGGACAGUCGAACUCCAUUCUAAAGGGAUAGGCUAUGGGAAGGGAUUCCAGAAUCUUGGAUUCUCCAAAUCCUGCUGCUUCUGUUCCCGCCUCUUCAACACCCAGAUUCUUUCUGCAGGCGCUCCCCAUGGGCCUUCCGAGCCCUCCAACGCCUUAGAAAGCGUGGAAGACGAGGCAGCCGCUAACCGGAAGGCCGUCCACAGGGGCAUCUGAGGUGGUGGCGCUGGUAGACAGGAAAGGUUGGAGAGGGGAGGGGAGUGAGGAAUGGCUUUGUCUCUUCCUCCCCCAGGCCAGAAAUGUAGCUUUGCUGCUUCACUGUAGCAGUCUCCUUCCUACAUCCUUAGAUCCCAGAGGAAGGGGAGAAAAGACACAGUGACUAAAAACCAUUAAAGGAAACAAAAGUUUUUAUGUAUAUAAAAGUUCCAUUACACAGUCUAAAAUAGAUGGAUAAUGUUUAUCCUUUAUUUUUCUACCUAGGUGUUUUUGAAUUUGUGUGUGUGUGCUUGUGAGUGACCACAGAUAGUGUGACAGCUGUGGGAGAAAAUAAGAGGGCUGACUUCUAACGCCGGGCUACGUGCCUGAAAGGGCACCCAUGGAAGAAGUUGGUGCGUGUGGUCCCGAGUUGUGUUUGGCCCCUGCUAAUGGAAAUUUCACUUGAAUGUAAAAUAAUAAGUUUGUAUUUGGAGUUUUCUGUUUGUGAGGUUGAAGAAAGGUACGUUAUAUAUAUAUAUAAAUGUUGUAUGACUUGCAGCUGCAGCUGUUUCCUUUUGUCCAGUCACCUGGAUGUGCUCUUCUCUUUCCUUCUAAAUGCCCUGGACCAAAGAGCAGGCUCUUAGGUGUUUUCUCGUGGUGUAUGCACACGUGCUAGUCCGUGGGACUGCCCAGAAUGUAAAAUGGUGGGCCCUGGGAGGGUGAGGGCAGCGGAGACCUCUCGCCCAGCUCACUGUGAGUUACAAGUGUCAGCUGCCCUUGGUCAGCACUGAGAAGCCUUUGAUUGGGCAACAUUUGACUACCCAUUCAGCAGGUAAUCGAGUUAAAUUCCCUCUUUAUUCUAGGACCUGGUCUGCAUCACCCUUCUAAUUCAGAGAUAUCAGGAAGCUUGGUCUAAGUGUGUGUAUUGACACAGCAGCAGUCUACGUCUGGCAUUUGGCUACCUGCUACUCUUCUCCUAGCAUUCAUUCCCCCAGCAGAGCCAAUUCUCUGCCUAGUGACAGAGCCAGGCCCUCUAGUCAGGGCCCUGCGCUUGACCACCAUCAGGAUUGGAUGGCUUCAAUUUUCCCUUGGCACUCCUCAGCGCCUGUCUUUAAAAAUCAGCACAUGUGCAUGGUUUGGUGGGAUCGGUCCUUGUCUGUCACCACAGCAGUCAUCUACCCUUGGGCUGCAUCUCUCUGGGGAGGCCCUGGCCUAGGCUCUUUUGGAUGGUGUGACUGCCUAGGAGGAACUGGGGCUGCCCUUGGAGAAUUUCAUCUCAGGAUCUGUUGCCCCAUGUAGUUUUUUGUUUUUGUUAUCUCAACAGCUUUGGGUUUUUAGGAUGAAGUAGUUGGCUUCUUUUUCCAGAUCAGGGAGAGCUACAUCAGGUUCCUCCUUCCUGUGCCCAGUGAACAGAACCUUCCUUGGGCAGCAAGGCUUAGCUGCUGACCCAUCCUUUCUGGGGA